AGACAUCAAACAUUGUGGUUGACAACAAAUAUUUAUUGCUGUUUUCAAUUCGGGAACCGAGGUGUGAAGGUCGUAACAAAACGCAAAAAGUUAGUACAUUACGCAAGCAUAGGAUCCGUUAAAGUUUCGCCGGAGAAAAUGGGUGGAUUUAACGAAGAAGAAAUUGAGCGUGGCAAUGAUGAGCUUGGAAUAUGUGGCUGGAUUCUUACGGCUCUGUCGUUCCUCAUCAUCUGCUGUACAUUUCCAUUUUCUUUGCUUUUCAGCAUAAAGAUUGUCCAAGAAUAUGAAAGGGCAGUAAUAUUCAGGGUUGGUAGACUUAAAAAAGGAGGAGCAAAAGGACCUGGAAUUUUCUUCAUUAUACCAUGCGUUGAUAACUAUAUCAAAGUCGACCUGAGGACGGUUUCUUUCGAUGUUCCACCGCAAGAAAUUUUGUCCAAAGACAGUGUCACAGUUGCUGUGGACGCUGUUGUCUACUUCCGUGUCUCUAAUCCGAUCUCGUCAGUUGUCAAUGUGGAAGAUGCAACUCGAUCAACAAAGUUGCUUGCCCAGACGACGCUGAGAAACGUCCUUGGUACAAAGAGUCUGAGUGAGAUUUUGGUUGAACGAGAAAACAUCAGUCAUUCCAUCCAGCAAACUCUGGACGAGGCAACAGACCCGUGGGGUGUGAAAGUGGAGCGCGUAGAAGUUAAGGACGUGCGAUUGCCGCAACAGUUGCAACGUGCCAUGGCAGCAGAGGCAGAAGCAUCUCGGGAAGCUCGCGCAAAGGUAAUUGCUGCUGAAGGAGAAAUGAAUGCUGCACGUGCCUUGAAGGAGGCAUCAGAAGUGAUUAGUGAGUCACCAGGAGCAUUGCAGCUUCGCUACCUGCAAACACUGCAGACUAUUUCUGCUGAAAAGAAUUCCACCAUCAUCUUCCCUCUACCAAUCGACAUGAUCCAGCAAGUCACUCAUAAACUGUAAAAUGAUUAGCACUGAAUGUCAUGAGUCGGAUUGACACGACGCCAUUGUAUAUAGGCCACCUUUUGAUGCAUUUUAUUCUUUCAAAUUUAACGCAUUUAACUCUAAAAUUUAGUAUUAUCUCGCUUUUUCCUUUUUUUGGCAAUAUUUGAAUUUGCUUUAGACGUAUUUAUAGAUUAGCUUUGCGUGGAACUAACCUGGAACCUUUUAUUUGGUUACAAUCCAUUCCCCACCUCCUCUUAAUUGCUCUAUCUUCAUACUUGCAUUUCAUUUCUCUAAAUGUAUAUUGUAAGUAAUCUCUGUAACAGCGAUAUGUAAUCCCAUCUACCGACUCAUCAUACCCCUUGCAUGGCUCGAACUUCAUAAUCAAGUCAAAUAUCACUUUGUAGAGGGCUGCCAUAUACAGUCAGUUUCCUCUGUUAUUUCCAUUGUGAAAAAGAACAGCACGAAACGUAUUAAGUAUUAUUCGCUUGUUUAAAUGAAAUAGAAAGUUGCACAUAUUCACUGAUUUAAGUGGAUCGUUAAUAUACCACCAUUGGUUAUUGGAA